AUGGCCGCCCGGUGCCGCCUCGCCGCACGCUUCCACCACGUCCACGGGGCCAACGUCCGCCUGGACACCUCGCGCACGCGGGCCACCCGGGUGCAGAGCUUUGCCAACGGGCUCUGCUUCAGCCAGGAGCCUCUGGAGCCAGGGCAGGUCUUCCUGGUGGAGAUUGAGGAGAAGGAGGGGGGCUGGUGUGGGCACCUGCGUGUGGGGCUGACGGCCCUCGACCCGCAGUGCCUGGAGAUGGUGCCCGAGUACUCGCUGCCAGACCUGGUCAACCUGGGGGAUACCUGGGUGUUUGCCAUCACCCGCAGCCACAACCGCGUGGCAGUGGAGGGUGAGGCGGUGGUGCCAGCACAGGGCUCCCCCUGGGACCCCUUCCUGCGGAUCGAGCAGGUGCGGAUCCCCCGUGACACGCUGGUGGGGCGCAGCCGGCCCGGGCGCUACAGCCACAUCCUGGAUGACCUCUACAAGAGCAAUGUGCUGCCCGCCACCGCGCGGCGCAGCCGGAUCGGGGUGCUAUAUGCCCUGCAGCCUGAUGGCACUGCCGACAUGCACAUCAUCAUCAACGGAGAGGACAUGGGGCCCAGUGCCCGGCGUCUGCCCGCUGCCCGCCCGCUCUACGCCGUGGUUGACGUCUUCGCCUCCACCAAGAGUGUCCGGGUCAUCCCAGUGGAAUAUGGCUUCCCCUCCCUGCAGACCCUCUGCCGGCUGGUCAUCCAGAAGCACAUCAUCCACCGCCUGGCCAUUGAGGGCCUGGACCUGCCCCCACCACUGAAGAGCUUCUGCCAACAUGAGUGAGGCCUUGAGGGGCUGCCCUGGGCUGAGCAAUAAAAGCGAUUCCAGCCAGAAA